AUGAACGCAGUCGAAAUGUCUGCUCGCUUGUCGCGGCCAGACUGUCCCUCAGCACCUCAAUGGCGUCCAACAAGAACUCCAAGCCCAAGCGACCUCGAGGGCAUCCAGCUCUUCGACUUUGUUCGGAGACACUUUUGUGCCGGCCUGUCAACACUCGAUAACCUGCUUCGAUAUCUGGAACUUUGUGGUGCAUCCGAUUGCCAACGACGAAAGAGUGGGAUUGACAGCCUGCUAGGCAAUCUCCGGACGCUUGAAGAAUGGCUUGUUAAAUUCCUCGCGAGUGAGCUAUCGUGGCAAAGCGAAAGCGUCAGGGUCAAGGCUGCUCUCAUGAGCACGCGAAAUGAGUUACGGCAGUAUUCGUGGAAGGUUGCGAGGGUUCUGCAUCUCCUCGCGGGUGCUUGA